AUGAAGAAGAUUAAGUGUUUGCCUGGAUCUGUCCAUAGCUCCUUGCGAGCGAGUGUUUUUUUAUUUGACAUAACUAGAGUUGUGGAGGAGUUGGUAUUGAAUAGUUUGGAUGCAGGUGCUACCGAGGUAAAGAUGUCAAUGGCAGAUAUUUAUGAAUAUUCUUCUAUAUCCUGUAUUCUUAUUCUUUGGUAAACGAAAAACAAUAUCAUUCCGUUUAUUCGUUCUUUUAUCAUGUUAUAUUUGAAUGACUGUGAAGCUUGUGAGGAUUAGUAACUAUAGAGCUUGAUGGUGUUAAAUAGAGAGAUGAUUAUCUGUGUUUUUUAUUCCUUUAUUGGAACAGGGUGAUUCCCUUUCUGACAUUUUGAUAAGACUGUUCCCCUAUCAUAAGAUUUUAACUCAAGAUAUUAUUACACCCAAUUAGAUUCGGAAAAUGACAGACUGACUCAAGGCAUGUGAAUAGGUUGUCGUACAUAACCAGGUUUUUUGAUGCAGCACGCCAAGAAGAAAGGAAGCUGGCCUGGAAUGGAAUUUGAUCUGGAUCUAUUGACUGUGUAGUGAAUCUGUUUUUUUGAAAGUGGACCGUACUAUAUAUUCAUCAUAUAUUCGCAUGAAAAGGGAUCGAGUAGUGAGUAUUCAUUCUUUGCUAUAAUGUAUCCCUAUCAUCUGAACAAGAUGAGGCAGACAAUGACAGCAAUUCGUACAACCACCCCUCAAAAUCGAGAGAAGAUGCCACUAUUCAGGAGAACAAUUCGUCAUCCACAUUCUAACUCUUGAAGAUAUAAGAAUGACUGUCCUGUUUACUUAAAAAACUGUGCCACCAGAAAAAUGAUUCCACAUGGCCCGAAGCUCUUACCGGAUGAUCCACUGGACUUUUCGAUCACCUAUCUAGAUAUCAACCUCGCUGAGGUUGUGGGUCUGUUAUUAAGGGUAACUUCUCCAUCUGUAAUGUAGAAAUGUGGCCUAGAGGACAAGUGCCUAAAAAAAAAUUGACGAUGCCUUUUCAUGAUGCAUUAUUUUAGUAAUUUGACCAAAAAAUUAACAAACCACGUGAAUACUUGAAGUAUAAUGGUGUCCAACAAUUCAAGACUUCUGGAUUGUCCAACUUGAUUUCCCUGUCUAUAUCUCUGCUGGGGUGAUGAAGAUGUGAGGCGACAGAGGGAGAAGUACUAGGACUGUCAAUUAGUUACACAACUACUAGAAGCAGAGUUGCUUAUUUAUGGCUUACGAGGCUGACACGAUUCUUAAAUCCCUAUUAUAGUUCUGUGAAAUCUCUUCCAAGGUCAUGAAGUGGCUCUAGAUUCAGCCUGGAGACUUGUUCACCUUAAGUCCAUGUUUCACUAUAAGUGGAGUGAGAUAAAGCCUUGCAGUCUCUUUCUUACAUUGUAUGGCUAUUCCUUCAACGACCUAACAUGCGACAUAUGAUGAUUAUCUUCGAUUAAUGCACUUUGGUAAAGAAUCAUAACUAAUAUUUUCUGGCACUGCAAAGUCCAAUUGGCCUAAAAUUCUUAAUAAUUGGUUCAAGGUAUUCAGAAUGUUGGUGCAAAUUCCAAGGCUCCUUGAAGGUGCAAAGUCACAGAAAAUAUUGCUAAACCUUGUGUACUGAACUUAUUGAAAGACAUGAUUUAAUGAAAUUAUUGGCUCUUAGAGUAAGUUUUUUUCAUAUGUUGCAUUUUCACUGAGUUUUCCAUUCCUAGUGUCUACAAAUGAUGAUCCAUGAGGUUGACGAUUUGAACUUCCUUGUUUAUUGGAUCAGUGACCAAUGACUAUGCAGUUGCUGAUGAAUUUGUGGCAGACAUUUUACUUGCUUCGUUUCUGGACAUUAUGCAGUACAAAUUUUGCGCUUUAUAUACAAAUUUUGCUGAUGACAUUAUGCAGGCGAAGAAGGAAUGUGUGAAAUGAGUUAUCAAUUUGAUAUGAAACUUAAAUUUGAUAUUUCAUGUGUGCUAUCAUUUUCAAAUUUAACUUUUCAGGUUAAUGUCGGUGUGAAUGUUGGGGCAUCUUAUGUUAAAGUAGAAGACAAUGGUGAGUUGCGAACUUUUAAUGUUGCUAUCAGAGUAGUAUUUGAGAAUCAUGUGGGCACUUGUGCAUAUGCCUGCAGGAUUUGGUGUUACACGUGAUGGAUUGGCGCUUCUUGGUGAAAGAUAUGGUACUGAUUUUAUGUCAUUUAUUUCUUCUUUUAGAUCUUUUUAUAUGUUGUUCAUGGAAUCUUAUAUGGUUAUUUAUUUAUAUAUACUUCACAUGUGGAUAAUACUGACUUUCGUGUCAUGAAGAUUUCUUUGAUUUUUACAUGAGGAACAUGAUAGUUUAUUAAAGUUCGUCUUAUGUAGGAUCAAAAACCUAGACCACUACUCGUCUCGUAAUAUGUUGCCAUCUGAGACGUGAAGCAUUAAUCCCUCAAGUAUACCUGUUCCUCAUCUCAUUUUUCGGAAAAUGGCUGCCACAUUUCUUUGUGUUGUGCAAGCCUAUGAAUUUCUGCUUUUCUUUUUUCAGUCCAUCUACCGACUUGUCCGUUUUAUAUUCUAUCAUUCUUCGUCUGUUGUUUUAUUUUUUAUAGAAAACUGAUUGCUUUCUCCUAGCGUCUGUACUUUUCAAAUUUAGAAGAUGACAGGAGUAAAAAUUAAGUACGUUAUCCGUAUAUACAAGUUUAAUAUAAUCCGAAAUCUUUUGAUGAUCAGGUGUACAAGUAAUGCUGUUCCCCCAGUGUCUGAUCAAUAUCAUCACUAUUGCUCUCCGCAACAUCCAGAUUUGGUUGUUGUUCGCCUAUAGUUUUUUUUCCCAUUCAAGUUCUAUUUUUUCCACACCUAUAAUUGAAAUUAGCCAAUAAGGCGCUUUUUUAUGAUAUUAAUAUGAACUGAGGUUUCUGCCAGCAAAUAAAAGCAUAUUUGUCCAGACCUCAUGUUCCAAAGACCUGUCAAAACCCAUGAGAAAAUUUCACUGGAAUGACUACCACACUAUUAAAGCUUCCACCCCAGGUUGUUGGAAAGGUUGAUAUCGCCAAGCCCUCAGUCUAGAUUGUCUUUGCUGUGGGAGAGGCUGUGGGGUGUCAUUACUCUCCUUUCAGGGGUAAGAAAAUCUUGUGAAACUCCUUUGCGUUUCUUUUCGGAAAACGCCAUUCAACCUCUGUUCGUCAGAAAGAGGAGGUUAAUUUAUCCUAUACAGGUUACGAUUCCUUAGUACUUAUUCAGCACCCCUAACGAUCAAUAUUCUUUUUUUUUUUGCAAUUUUGAAACGAAAUGAGAAAGGUUACUCAUAUGCAUUCAAUUCAUAUGUGUUUGGUUGGUUGCAUAGCUUAUCUUGACGCUAUGGAUGAGCAUGCAAUCUCGACUGCAACUCACUGCUUUCUGGUCUAUUUUUUUCUUCUGAAGGAAUUUUGUAGUUUAUUAUUGAACUAAUUUGAAAAUUUACUUUUAUGAUCUUUGUUCGGUCUUAAGAUUUUCCACUUAUUUUAUUGCAUUUCUCGGAUGUCUGUUUAGUAUUUCAGGUAGACAUCGUGGCUGAUCUUUUCGUUUUGAUUAAACUUGUUGAACAGUAACAUCUAAACUUCGUAACCGUUGUGGCAUGGAUGAUCAUGGUGGACAACUGGGUUCAAGAGGAGAGGCUCUGAGUUCCCUCUCUGACAUUUCUCUGUUAGAAGUUGUUACAAGAGCUCGUGGUAGACCAAAUGCUUAUCGCAAAGUCAUGAAAGUCUGUAUUUCUCCUUAAGUGAAAUCUUACUUGAAAACGGUUUUUGAAUUGACUUUUGUUAACACUAUAUUCUUGUCUCAUAAGGGCCAGAAUUGCUUAUUUCUUGGGAUUGAAGAGAGCAGGCAAAAUGUUGGCACUACUGGUAAUGCUAAUGCUAUGUUUUUACGAAAUCAAACUUUUAAUUCUUGAAAUUUAUUUACGGAAGGAGUAAAAUAUAAUAAUGUAGAUAGCGUUGAUGAGUAUGACUAAGCUCUUGGUGUUGGGAAAACAGUGAGAGACAAUCACAGUAAAAAUCAUCAAGGAGAUCAUGAGGAAUAUCGGCUUUGACAGCUGCCAACACUUUGUGGCAGAUGGCUGGAGAGAAAUAAUUCAAAGGGGAAUUCUAUCAAUUCUAUCAGUGUAGGAUAGUAGUUUUUUAUUUAGUGCAAUAUUAUUUUUCAUGUAUUCCAUCGUAUAAACUUCUACUACAGCUACGCUUUCAAAAAUUUUAUUUGUUACUUUAGUACUGCAUCUACAGAUAAUAUUGGUUGUAAAAUAUCCCUUCAAACUCCCUAGAUUAUCACAUUGUGGUAUUUGAAUUUUUUACCACGCUGAAUUAUAAUGAUGAAAACCUCUAAUGUCUUGCAGUCAUUGUUCGAGACUUGUUUUACAAUCAACCAGUUCGGAGAAAAUCUAUGCAGGCCAGGUUUCAGCUGCCUUAUCUUCUUUCAUCUUGUCAAACUUAUGAUUUUUUUUUUUUGUUUUUUUUGUUUUUUAUGGCUAUCUGUGUGAACACUUAGACUUGAUAAUUACUUUUCUCUACUCUAAUGGUUCUGGCAGCCCUAAGAAGGUUUUGCUUUCAGUAAAGAAAUGCUUACUCCAAGCUGCUCUUGUCCACCCAAAAGUUUCAUUCAACUUAAUUGAUCUUCAGAGGUGCGUUCUUGUUAUGGUUGAGAAACUAGUAUCUUACUUUCGCAAUUCGGUUCUACUCUAUACAGUUUCAGAAGUUGAACCCGGUUUUUACAGUUUUGAUGCCAAAAAUGCAUUAGGGUUACAAUUACAUGUUUAUAUAUUUUAAAAUAAAUUUAUAUGAAAUUUAGGGAUUUGAUUAAUAUUAGCAUUCAGUCUCUUCUCGCUGUUACAAUUUGUGAAAGAUUUGGGAUGACACUGAUGUUUUUUCACUUUCCAAAUCUUGUUAUUGAAUCAGCCUACACUGUCUAACGAUCCUUUUUUCUCAUUUGGGGCGUCUUAAUUGCAGUGAAAAUGAGCUGUUUCACACGGUUCCUUCAUCUUCCCCUUUGCCUCUAGUGUCCAGUUAUUUUGGAAGUGAGGUUUCUAGUUGUCUACGAGAGGUUAGCUAUUCGGAUAAACACUUGGAUCUAAAUGGUUUUUUGUCAGGACCAGCUGGCACUGGUUUCGUGAAGGUACACAUGAUUUCGUUGUCUUCACUUCUUAUUAGGUCUAUUAUCAAUUAUAUUGGAUCUCAGUCAUUAUGUUUAUUUUUUGCAGGCUUUCCAAUAUCUUUGUAUCCUUCCAGUUCUUUUUAUGAAUGAAAAUUUGGUCUCAUUUAUCUUUAUUCAGGAGACGAAUCUUCGAAGUUUGUCUUUUACUUUUUCAGAUAUAAACUCCAGGUUUGUUUGCAGAGGUCCAGUUCAUAACUUGAUUAAUAGUUUAGCUUCUAGUUUCCCUAUGUCCUUGGAACAUUCAAGGAGUGAACCAGAAGUCCAUGAUAUGAAGAGACAACGGACACAAGGUUAUCCUGUGUAUAUGUUGAAUUUGCUUUGUCCUUUAUCAAGCUACGAUCUGACUUUUGAGCCCUCAAAGACUGUUGUUGAAUUCAAGGUCACAUUUAUCUUUGCCUUGUUGUGUUUCAGUAUGCACAUUGUAUUGCCUGCUUUGUCUUUCCUCUUUUGACCUUUGUUCAAUUUAUUGUUGGGUAAACUAUGACAUAUUUAGGGAUAAAGUCUUCGCACCAUGUGAAGAAAGGUUUGUGAUUCCAUGUUUCCUUUCUCUUUGGUCGAUGGAAGAAAGAGUUACUUGGGGUUGGAAGAUGAGCGGAAAGGAUCUUUUGCCAACUUUAGAUGAAUCAUUCUCUCUGGGUUUGUUGUGCAAAAACAUUUAAUUUCAUUUUACAAUCUUGGGAACUACACUCAAGAAUCUUCCAUGCAUCUUAGUUCUGGAAAGGUCACUAAUUUAGAUAGCCCAGUUCUAUGCAAUCCUUAUUCUGUAAAACGCAUUUGAGAUGUUGACUAAAAAAAGGUGCGGGCGCAUGGCUAUGAUACAGUCGUUCCUUCAAUGCAUUGUGCAUCAGAGUUCUGUGAAGGCUAUGCAUGGAUAAUCAGUGAGAAGCGUCAAUGAACUAGUGUUUUCAAGAGAGUUCCGAGGGAUGCUCCUCUUUCUAUAGGUGAUAAACUACCUUCUCUUUAAUAGGAGAUGAAGGGGAGGUUGCUCUACGCUAAAUGAUGAUAUUUACUGGGGCUAGUGACAUCAUGCAGAGGAGUGCCAUAUGAUUUGGUUAAUUAAGCAGAAUAUUGAGUACUUGGUCGUUUGGAUAUCCAAAAGAUAACAAGACAAGGUGCCCUAUUCAGACUCUAAUUUGAAAAUUAGAAGUUUGAUGUUGGCAUGUAACUUCUCAGACAUGGCUGGAAGAUACUUUGGAUGACCAUAGGCACAUUCUGAAGUCCUACAUUCAUUUUGAACCUCUUCUUUUGGUGGCUAUGUGGAUUUUACUAAAGCAAGGAACUAGUAGUUGUUGUGGUCAGCUUGUCAGAAGAUGUGCCCCAAGCAUUGGAGAUCUUGACUGCAAGGGUUGUAUUUUACAUUCUUCCACGGAGGACAAUUAAACCUCUGUUAUAACCUUGGUCUGCUAAACACUUGAUAUCUACGAACGUUAGGAAUGAAUAAACCCGGAUUGCUACUGCCUACGAAGUGAUUGGUCGCAUCGUACUAAGCAUGCUCUGCAUCUUGAUUGGGUAUGCUAUGCAUACGGUUAAGAUAGAAUAUUGUUGCCAUCCUGAUUGAGAAGGAAUUAAACUGGAAACUUAUAGUGAAGAAAGUCACUGUAGAUUGAAGUCACUAUGAAGAAAGUCAUUUUUGCCUGUUGUUUGUUUGUCCGCAGCAAGCACCUUUUCCUCCAGAAGAACAUAAAUAAUAUAAAAAAUAACAUUGCGAUAACUGAAUCAAUUCAGCUGCGACCAAAUAAAAUUUCCACCGUAUUCCAUGGAAACAAAAUCCGGUUUGGCCGUUUGUCAGUUGCUUUUAGAAUGUAGUUAGAAUUUUCAUUAUUUUACCUUCUACGGAAAAUAGUUUCAUACUACACAAAAUAUGGGAUACUGAAUCUGGUGUUAAAUCUGUCCCUUAAGUACUUUCAUCUGGUCAGUCUUUUUUAAAGGGUGCAAUGAUAUUCUGUCUGAAAUCCGUGUUCUUUUCCUAUCCAGGAUUGGACUUUUGUUUUGUCUUUUAUUGAACAAGCUGUCUGGAACUCCUGGGAGGGAACUUCUGCACGGUCAUUUUUAGGUGAACAAAGAUCAAGUUUAGUCGAAAAUCUCUCUAGCGGAGCUUAUGAUGUUCAAAUAUUAUCUUCAUCUGCUACUUCAUACAGGAAAUCACCAUAGGCAGAGACGUGGCUCGAGCAUUGGAACUGGAAUUGAGCAAGGAGGUAGUUAUGCUGUAACCUUUUGAGCUUACGAACAUUAUGGAUUUCCUUUUAGUACCUUUACCUGCUUGAUUUCCAUCAAACAUUGUGCUCUCAUCUGCAUAUUCUUUCGCUUACAUGCUGCAGAAUCUGCAAUGAAAUUGGGUUUUAAUGGUGAGGGGGUAGGGUUUCACCGUUUUCCUCGUCUCUUUAGGCUUAGUAAUAAUGCAUUUGGUGUUACCCAUAAGAAUAGGAUUAUUACCCGAGUGGAAUAGUGGGUUCUGCUCAACAUGAUAGGAAGAGUAAAAUCAAGGUCUUCUGGGGAAGAGAUGAUUGUUAAGCAUAACAGGAUCCAAUCAUAGCACGUGGAACAUACUUUCGAUUUUCAGAAGUUGUCAUUAGGCCAGACACAGAAAAAUUGCAAUCAAACUUUCCUGCGGAGGUUAGGGCAUAGGUGGAUAGGAUGUCAGUCUCUGAGGAUUAAAUGAAACAGGUUUGCGAGUGAGGAGAAGGUUGUGACAAUUGAAAGAUUCGAGAGGAAUCGUAGGUUAUAUCUAGAGGAUGGGAUCUUCUUAAUUCUAUUGUGAGGCUUCCUAUCAUCCAUAUGACUACAGAAUGUGCAUGUGAACCCGUAAGAAGCUAUAGGUUUUAUUCUUUGAGGAUUCCUUAGAUCAUAACUUGGAGGUCUUAGAGAAGUGGGUUGAGAAACGGUGAAGUCCAGAGUUUGUUCCCAUUAACUCCAGGUGGAAGGUAGAUCUGAUGGAUCUUUCUUCAAAAUUCCUGUGGAAGGCACCAAGGAGCAAUUGAGGAAAUUGUGUUUUUGAGGCCAUAACUUCUCUCCGCAUUCAAUUUUGGAAUGUGGAAGAAUAAAAGCUUCAGCCGGGUCAGUUAACGAAAGUGCACAUCCGCUUGAAAGGAAACUGGACGGAGGAGCUUUGAGGAGCGAUCAUUGGGAUAAAUGCAGGGAACUAGCAUUGGCUAAUCAUCAGGACAAGUUGACUCAUUUUAAAAACAUAGGAUUGGGUGAUUCCCAGACGAUUCGGGGGGUGGGAGGGGGGGAGGGGCAUUUAAAUUGGUACAAUUGACUAAUAACCGAUUUGUCUGGGAAAAAAAUUCCUGCCUUCAUUAAUUGUCAUAGGAAUAUUGGGUGAAUAGUUCUGCUUAAACUGUGCCAGCUGCGAACGGCGAAUCUUCUAGAAUUUUGAAACUUUAGAAGAAAAUUGCUAUAACGCGUCACAUGCCCUCUUAUGAGCAAUUCGUCUGGAGAAAACAGAAGUAAAUUUAAGAUCUUCUUCACUCAAUCCAAAAUUUCAUAGGUAAAUCAGGUACAUCACUGGAAGUUUGGAGCAUGCCUUAGUAUAGUCACUUUCAGCAAACCUCUUUAUGAUCAAUUUUCAGAAAAUUUGCUAGAAUGUUAUCAAAUGCGUCAUGCUUUUCAUUUUUUGGGAUGAUUUCAUCCACUCCGUAUGACGUUGAACUGGUGACUGGUUUAUUAGUUCAGUUCUUUUUCGAAAUGGUUUCAGACCCUCCAUUCAAGACAUUGUCAAAGGUUCACUCAAAUUGUAGGUUAUGGCUACUUUUCAAAAGAAUUUUUUCGAAGAUUCGACAUUUGCAGCUGACAUGGGUUAAGCAAAACUACGUUUUUUUUCAGAAUUUUUUUUGAGUAUCCUUUUCUCAAUCUUCUUCUGAUCUCGUUCAUUGCAAGGUCAGAAAGGGGUAUUUCUUUUCCUUGUGUUAUGACAAUUCAUGAGUGUUUGAGGCUGGCUUUUGCUAACUGACAAUCUGUCUGGCAGUUGUGUUUUUUAUAGUGGUUACUUCCCACCAUCAAGAUCAUUAAAAGUUCCUUAUAUUUUUAAAACAUCGGAUAAUAUAACAGCACCAUCGAUCAUAUAUUGCCAUUUCUUAAUUUUUUUGAUGAAUAUUAUUAUGACUCAAGUGAGUGGUUUCUAUUUAUCACUGUUGUUUCUAAUGAUAUAUUUUCUUUCAUAAACUUAAUGGACAAUUUGAUUCGCAGGUGUUUACGCUCCGGAUAUAUCUACAACCUCUAAGUUGGAUGAAAAGGGUUGUCGUUCUCAUGGUAAAGGAAUUUCCUUUGAUGACCUCACAUAUGAACAUUCAGUGGAAUUGUUACAGGAAGAUUGUGGUGUUCGUCAUGAUCAGAGAAAUGGGGGAUUGUAUGAAACCACAGCUGACAUAAUUUUUUUCCAAAGGGAGACUAAUUUUGGUCAUCAAGUUGAUUCCUAUAAGAGGAAGGCUUUUGAUUCAAGGAGAAUUUCUGAUUUUUCACGUGAUGAAAUGAUUUUUCCAGAGAAUAAAGCCCAUCUAUUUGCUUCUGAUAGCAGUUUUUUAGGAGGAAGUUACCUAUUGUCUGAUCUUAUUAGAAGAAGUUGCGAAAAGGGUGAUUAUCCAAUAAUGGGGAAGGAGUUGGUCAAAAACGAUGAAGAAGACCUAAAUAAUGAAUUGACAGGCAGCAAGUCAACAUGUCAUUCAUAUGAGAAUAAAAGUCAUGUGCGGAAUGUUCCAUUUCUAUCACGCUGUGGUCACAGCCUUGACAUAUAUGGAAAGCAAUUUUUCUCUACGGAAAGUCCGCCAGAAAGCAUGGAAAAAUUCUCUGCUCGAAGAGUACCCGGAAUUAGAUUUAAUAAAGGAAACAACGUCUCUCCCUGCAGACCAUUUACUCUGGGAGCUCUUAACCAUAGUGAGAGUUCCCGCUCCAUUAGGGACACAAUGGAAAGGACGGAUCAGUUCAGGGGUUCCUUUGAUUUAAUGGGAGCUGGCAUAGAGAAAAAGGAACCAGAUAGGUUAUGGACUGAUUAUAGGAUAUGCGAAGAUAAUCUUGGACAAUAUCGUCCUGAGGAGACUGAUAUUUGUUUAAAUGCCAAACAUGUUAUGGAAAACACCCUUUCAAGCCUGCUCAGCGACUCAGAACCAGUUCACGGAUCCACAGGCUCUCUCUCUAGCUUGUUGCUGCCUGCUGAUGAUUUGGCCUGGAUUUCUGGACAAAGAAAUUCCAAAUCUUUCAAUGUCUCUGGGAAAUUUCAGGCUUUGCCAACCGUGAACUGUAAUGAUGAUGCAUUAUGCCUUAAUCCCGAAAGAACAGUGUAUGACCAGCACACUUCGAAGGAAAUUAAAUCCAGAAAAGUUGUACCUGGCGAAGUUAAUGGAGAACACUUCUGGAUAAAAUUUAAUUUACAAGCCACAGACAACAAAAGCAAUUGUAACAUGUAUACCCAUGAUCUGCCUGGUCAAAAAUCUAAUCAGAGAGGUAGGACAAAUACAGAUGAAAUUAAAAAUUGUGAAUUCAGUCAUCUGGAAAACAUAAGGCGAAGAAGUCACUCUGCUCCCCCAUUUUACAAGUCCAAGAGAAAGCUCUCCUUACAUAUUCAGUGCCCCAACGAUGCAACUGCUUUGUCAGGUUUGUUUUCUCUGGUAGGCAUCUGUUGUGACCCUUAUGGAAAACUCCUAAGUUGCCUUUUGCAUUAUAUUGGCCAGUGAAUGGAUGCGUAUUGGAGGAUCUGUCCCAACCUUGCGGCACAUCACAACUGCAAACUAAGUCAAUACUUGAUGCGUCCUCCUCAGAACUUCUUGAUAGUACUUUGCUUGCAAAAAAAGAAUCUGUAAUUGAACUUAAUGCAGUAAAAGCCCAUGGAGGAUCCAAUGAAGGUGAAUCAUUUGGAUUCAUAAUGACAAGGAAGUUUGUGGAUGGUUGAAAUCAACUAUGUUAAUUCAUUGAUGAGUUGUUAAAUUCAAUGUGCAGAAGCUGAUGAGAUGGAAUAUUCAAAUUCAGACACUAUUAAAUGGCGAACCCGUGAUUCUUUACAUUUUUCUGUGGUUCAGGCAAGCUUGACAUUUCACUCAAAUUUUAGAUAGUAGAUAAUUUUGUGCUUGGGUUCUGAACACGGUGAAAUUCUUGCAUAGUGCAGGGCAGUAAUAGGGCACAAAAACAUUCCAGCUAUGAUGACAUACUUGACAUAUCAUCUGGCAUGUUGCAUCUUGCUGGAAAUUCGUUAGUACCUGAAUCUGUCAGCCGGGAUACACUUCAAGAUGCAAAAGUUCUUCUGCAGGUAGAUCGGAAGUUUAUUCCUGCCACAGCUGGUGAUGUUCUUAUUGCCAUCGACCAGGUAUGGCUCCUUGGAUUUUUAAUUGAUUGAUAUUCAGUAAUAAAAAAUCGUGUUAAUCAACUCUUGAAGAAUAUUUGCAUUAUGAGUCUUUAUUUUUUGCUCAUCCUCAAUUUGGUGGGUCAGCUAACCCACAUUUGGAUGAGGCUGAACAGAAAUAGAUCACUUGCGAUAUAGGUUGACUGGGCUCAACUUGACCGAACUUGCACUUGAUUAGAAUCAGCUUUUCAUCCACAUGGAAUAGACACUGACCCAAACUAGUUCAUAUAUGAUGUAGCUUAUAUUGAUAUAGUAACAUGUUAGGGAAAUACAAGUAUAACAAAAGAAGAGCUUAUAUAUAUAUAUAUACAGAGAGAGAGAGAUAAUAAAGGGGCAGUACACAGAAGACUAAAUUAAACCACAGAAACAUCCUUGGAUAACGGUGGAUCUGUUACAAUAUACUUUUCACUUUAUCCAUGUUCAGCUUUGAAGGAUACGAAAGUAGCAUCUAACUCUGAGUUAGUAGGGAUUGCUUUCAAUUAACUUUUCAGUCAUUGUAUAUUUCGUAAAAAUUGAACCAAAAAAUGGUAAUUACUUUAAUUAAGAUAAUAUUCAAAUUUUGAAAUCAAAAUGUCAGUGGCAUAUCUGACAUUGAGCAUAUCUGAGUUUGAGAUGCAUAUCUGAGUUUGGGUAUGGGAUCAAGUUGAGCAUUGGUUCCGGGCCAGUGAUAAUAAUGGAAAUAUUUGUACAUGCACAAGAAACAGGCAAAAAUCGUUGUACCCUUUUUCCCAUUUUUAGCUUUGUUACGAAUUAUUUUAUGAUGCCGAUUACUUUGUUCAUUGAAGCAAUAUAACCAAAUGGUUUUUCCACUGGCAAAAAAACUUUAGUGGGGGGUAAUCAGCAUUACACACUUCAGUGGAGAUAGCCGUGCUUGCUAUCUCGUGUUUUUAAAGGCUUGAAUAUUUGAAUAAUAUUAAUGCUUUGACUUACCGCAGCAUGCUGCUGAUGAACGAAUCCGCUUGGAAGAAUUGCGCAAGAAGGUCUAGUUUAUCCUAUUUAAAGCCCUUAACUUUUCUUUUUUGUUUCUCAUGUUUCACAAAGUUAUCAUUGAAACUGCAGGUAAUGUCAGGCGAAGGCUGCUCCAUCACUUACCUUGAUUCACAGCAGGAGCUUGUAAGUUUCUCAUUCGAUUUGAUCGUCUUUAUUAUGCGCAUAAUUUCUUGUUCAGUUUUUACCACAGGUCACCAUUUUGUUCAUAAGAUGUCCGUUUUGUUUUCUUUUCAUCGUUGUUAACAACAGGUGCUUCCUGAGAUUGGGUUCCAGCUGGUCCAGAACUAUGGAGAUCAGAUAAAGAAAUGGGGUUGGAUAUGCAGCUCCCAUGUCUCGAGCGAAGGGUCAUUUGCAAGGUAGGGUUUCAGUAACAGUAGAAUCGAUGAUAUCAAUAUUGUAAAACCAACUUCCUUUCUUUAUGGAUUAUAUUUUCCUAGAUCUUACCCUUGCUUCUGUUAUGAUCCAUAAGCAGGCAUUUGUUUUUUUUCUGCAGGAACCUGGGCCUACUAAAGAAGAAGUCAUGUAGCAUCACACUUCUUGCUGUAACAUACAUCACCACCAACCUCUUUGAUAGAUUGUCUCAUGUGAAUGUUUUGUUACCUCUGUACUUGUAUUCAUGUGUUUGAGAUUAUAGAUUCAGGGAAGAGGAAUUAUUGAUUCUUUUGUUAGGAUCGACUGUAUUUCUAGGUUUUAUUUAAUCUACCCUCUAGGGAAAAAACCCUUCUCAUCAUAUAACAUUGCACUUUGGUGAUCCAUAUGUCUUCGUUGACUUCUGCAUACUUGGCUGAAUACUGACCCAAGAUCAUGCCUUUAUCAGUUCUCUUUCAGGAAUUCUAAGGUCAUAUCAGUUUCUUUUUCCAAGAAAGAUCACAAGAAAAAGUGAAUGUAGUGGCCAAUUAUACGCUAUAUUAGCUUUUGGAAUAUCAUUCCAACUGUUUUACUGUUGAGGGGCUAUGAAAAUGGUUUUCCAGCAUUUUUUUUCCCUUUAUGAAUGCCAUUGAUCUUCAGAAUUUGUUUAGAUUACCGAAAUCAUGUUCUUUUUACUUUCUCAAAAUAGCAUGUAUGGUUUCUUUGUAUCGCAUUCCUGAAUCUUCUUGGUGGUCGUUGGGAAUCCAUAAAACUUUUCUUGAAAUACGUCCUUUGAGUAAUAAUGAACUCUUUUGGUCAUUAUUGUCCAUCGCAGGUGCCUUGUAUUCUGGGGAUCAACUUGUCUGACAAAGAUCUUCUGGAAUAUCUUGAGCAGGUAUUAGUUUCCUGCAUCUUUUCAAUACUUUGACCCUCAUCUCUCCAAGUGAUUUAAACCUUGACCAUCUUGCUCGAGGUAUUAAUAAUGGCCACUAUACGCCUCCAUCCCCUAAGCUGGCAUCAAUCAAUUUUACACUGGCUGACGACUCUGGGUCACAUCUAGGAGAGAGAAAAAAAAAAACCUCUUUUUUCGUUGCUUAAACCUUUCCCACUGUUCCCAGCUUGCUGAUACGGAUGGCACGUCGAGCAUGCCGCCCUCGGUCCUCCGUGUGCUCAAUUUUAAGGCCUGCAGAGGUAGGUGCUCUGUUUUCUGGCGCUCUUCUCCCUGCAGAGGUAGAUGUGGAGUGCUCGGGGCAGAGGGACCGCACUUACCGGUUGUUUCUUCUAAAUGACAGGCGCUAUCAUGUUCGGCGACCCGCUCCUGCCCUCAGAAUGCUCUCUCAUUGUGGAUGAGCUCAAGGAAACAUCACUCUGUUUCCAGGUGUGUCUGGUCUUUAUCUUGGGUUGAUGUGUGGGAAGCCAAGGCUUCUUCUGUGCCAUGGAUGAUGAUGCAGCUUUCUGGUGUAGUGUGCUCAUGGACGGCCAACGACCGUGCCCCUCGUCAACCUGGCUGAGUUGCACAAACAUUUGGCAAAACUACGACUGCAUGCCGCUGGCCGAAUGACUCCGUGGCACAGGCUCCGGCAGCAUAGACCGAGUGUUGAACGAGCACAGGCCCGUCUGAGCUCAGCGAAAAGGUUUCAUAAUGGCUGA